AACCAGCGCGCGGCGACGUAGAGGUUUCCACGAUCACAGAGCUUCUCAAUUUAAAAACUUUACCGACAUAUUUAGGAAUAACAUUGACAUUCAGUUAUGUUCGUUAAACGCCCGUAGAUAUUUUAAGCUUAAGAAACACUUCCCGUUCACCUGUCGACAUGAAGUGUUUAAAACUGGAUGAAUAUAUAAAGAGGACUGCCUCCACCAAAGAAACGGAGUUAUUUCGAGUUGAACUUCAGGAGUAUGUGAAGGACCAACCCGGGCUCCAGGGGCGGACUCUCUGCGACCGCGUGAUUCGAGCAUGUAACCAUCAUCUCGGGGUCAGUCCCUCAGACCGGGCCCAUGUUGUGGAGCUGGUGGCGCUGGUGAAGGUGGCUGUGGGCGGAUAUGACAGAGCAGGGAGCGGUGUGCCUCAAAGCAGCGCGUUUUACAUGGAGAAGAUCAUUUUCCACAUCCUGAAGAAGCUGAGCGCUCUGGAAGUCCCCGGUCUGCUCAGUGAGGUGGCUGAGCUGCUGCACACUAGGCUGAUGGAAGCAGAGCAGUGUGAAGAUCACAAGACUCUGGUGUGGAGCAGUUUCUCUGUUCUGUGGAAUGGGCUCUCUGCUUCUAAAGACAAAGCCACUCUGACCCCACGGGACAAACUCCACUGUCAGCUCCAGGCUCUGUGCUUCCUCCUUCUGUCAGACCCAGAAAGUACCAAUUCUUCUGCAUCGAAAGCUCCAAUUUACACCCAAGACGCGAUUGGACAGUUUGAGAACAGCUGCACAAUGACAAAGGAGGACUCGGGGUUUCUGUCUGAAGAAAUACACAAAUGCUUUUCGAAAUUUUGGGAAGAAAGUGCCGAUCACCAACAUGGAAAGAAAUCAACUUUACAUCCAAUUUUCCAUAUCGUUAUCAUUGUUACCAAAGUUUUGUGUAAGGCUGGCCACUAUGACACGGCCACUAGCUUACUGGAUAACAUUCAGAGCAAAGUUAGAGCACUUCCUGAUUUCACAUAUACAGAGUUGGUGCUCGGGAGACUGGCAGUAAAAAUCUAUGUUUCACUGAAAGAGUCUGGUGAGUUUGAGCAGUAUUUGAAAGAAUGCGCUCGAGCCCUGAGGUCCCUGGUGGACGUUGGUGGUACUGAGGCUAAUGCGGUGCUGGAGGCGUGUGGACUGGUGGUGUGGGCUGUGGAGAGCAGUUACACUAAAGCUCUGAGCGGGACUCUGCUCCUCGCCUGGUUCUCUUUCCUGGAGGAACAUCAAGAGUGUGUCUCUAAAGUGCUUAAGAAGAACUCAAGCUGCCAAACUGAAAACAACAGACUUCAACAGAUCCUAUGCUUCAGUAUUUACCAAGGCUUUGUGUUUGCCUAUGAGAGCAUGCAGGCUUCACAGUUGGAGGAUGGCACCACACUGGACAGAGUGCUCUUGUUCUGUCAGGCUUCAGCUGCUCAGAUGAUGACAGAAUUACAGAAACUGGACAAUGAAAACCUCUGCAUCAAAGCUGUGGUGGCUGUGAGUAAUUUAGCCUGUGGACUUUAUAACAAGCGUCUGUAUGAUCAGGCCUUUGUGCUCCUGGAGAUCCUGUGUAAAGACCUGAGCAGAAACGCUCCCUCCUCACUGUCUGCGGACCGGUUGAGUCGUCCCUUCAUGCUCGCGGUCCAGACUUCUCGACGUUCGGGUCAUUUGGAGCGAGCUCUGGACUGGGUCAUUCUGUGGCUGAAGGCUCUUGGAGACAAAAUCACAGGUCACAUGACUGAACCUGUGGCAUUGUGGGUAAAAACGAAGAUGGAUGCCACAAGAACCUCUGACGAAGACAUCAGGUUAAGAACGUUGCGUGACGGUUUUGGCUCAGACGUCCCAGAGGAGGGGGUGAUGUUGGCUCUGUUGGAGGAGGAGUUGCAAGCAUACAGAGACACCCCGGGAGACACAGCUCAAGAGCGGUACAACACUCUCUGUGAUCUCUUGGAGAUCUGCCAUGAGGACAGCCCCCACAGCCACCUCAGAGCCGUGCACCUCGUCCACAUGGCCCAGGUUGUCUGCUUCCAGGACUUUAGUGAGGAGACCGACUGCUCUGCAGUUGAUUUUACCCAUGAGGCUUUGCGACUUUUGGAGGCAGAGCCGAGGACUCCAGAAAACUCAGACAAACUGACAGACGACAUGGCCCAUGCGUUUCUGUGGCUCUAUAUCUGCAGCCUGGAGAAAAACCUGCAGGAGGCCAUUUCGGAUGAUAGGAGGCGCCAGGAGCAGAGAGACCAAACCCAGUCUGGCACUAACCCGACCUGCACCAAUGACUUUGAAUAUGAAAACAAACAGAAGAACCAGGAGAGCGUCACCGUGUACGAGGGCCUCCACCUCAGCCUCCAUGCUCAGAACAAGCAGAGCCAGCCUUUGGAACGGGCUUUAUCUGACUGGACGGCCCUUCUGAAAAAUGGGGUUGUUCCGUCAGUGAGGAGCCCAAAGCAAACCUGCACCUCCAUCGCUGUGAUGGCCGCUCUCUUCAGACUCAUGGGGAAGCCUUUAAAAGCCGUGGAGGCUUAUCAACUGGCCGUUCGUCUCGCCCAGAAGCUCGGUGAAGCUCAGUUUUGUGCCUCGUACCUUUGUCAAUCGGCCAGUAUCCUCCUGGACUUGGGGAUCCCUGAACUGGCACUGGCUCAAAUUGAAAAAGCAGAGAAGUGUCUUACUUCAGAAAACCCCUCUGAAGGCCCAUCUUCACUCUCUGUGCUGGUGACUCUGUUAAAAGCUCAGUACUGCUACAGCUCAGGGCAGGUCUCUCGUGGAGUCCCUUUUCUCUGUGAGGUUCUUAAAGAGGCCAGUGACCAGAGACAGUCCAAGAGCUGGUACCUCCUCCGGGCUCGCGCUCUGCAGACGCUUGGCUCGUAUUUGUGUUUAGACCCACAAACCCUCCCACAGACACAGAGGAGCAUCAUACUAGCACACGGUUUCCACAGCCCCGACACAGCCGUGUACGAGAGUCUGAAGCUCUUCUGCAGCCUCCUGGUCACACUGGUCGGGAAAGGUCUUUACGGAAACAGUGCCGGGAACUCUGAGGCGCGCUUCAUCGACCAGGGGGAGAACCUGUGUGUGAAGUGGCAGUUGCUGUGUGACCUGCUCUGCUGCUCGGUGCAGAUGGUUUCUGUUCGGAGUCGAUCUGGAGCCGUGAACGACGCUCGGCUGCAGUGUCUCGAGGCGCUCAAACUCGCCAUCAAACUGCAGGCACUCAGCCAAUGUGCGGAGCUGCUGGUGUUGAAGGCUGAGCUGGAGCUGAUGCAGGGAGAGAAAGAGGAGAGUGGACUCGAUCUAAAUAAAGUCAGAGAUCUGCUCGAGCUUUGCACUGAUGUUUCAGAUAAGCCACAAAAGUCAGAGGUGAAAAUCAAACCCCGAAAAGGCCGUUUAGGUCAGAAGCCCAACUCCCCUCCCCCUGCUGCUGAGGACGACCUGGCGGACAUUUUGAACACUCGCUGGAUCAGCAAAACUCCUGUCCUGACCGACCCAACCAGCUCCCCUCCCCUUAAGUCUCUGCCACGUCGUUGGCUUUCUGCUCUCUCCCAUGAAACUGACUGCGGUUGCUCAGUCUGCUUUGAACCUUAUUUGGGUAGAGUUACAGUUCGCUGGGCUGCUACACGUGCCGAUUUAGACUUCCACCUCGACUCCGAUCAAGCUAAAACCGGGCUAAAGCUACACUUGGCCGCGCUAGAUCGCUCCAAAAAUAUAUCAAGAAAACUUAGGGCAAAAUUAGCGAAGAUCUUUGCCGAAAAAUCCAUCGCAAAACCGUUAUUUUUGCAUGACGUUGUGGCAAGAAUAUAUCUCAGCAUCGCCUUGUGUGGACUGGACCCAAGAAUGAGUAAGAUUUGCAAUGUAUGGAAAGGCUUAGAAGCUGGGUUAACGUUUGUGGAUUCUACGCCAAACCCGGUGGUACAGCCAAUCAAAGCAGGGCUAAUGGCGACUAAAGCAAUUAUGUCACUGGUCACGAUGGCCUCCAGUAAAGGCUGUCUCCCAGAAGAACUGUUCUCACAUAUAUGGGAGUGGAAACUGCCAAAAGACAUAGCUGAGAUUAGAACUGAGCAUAAAACUGUUCCACCAACACCUUUGACAAAGAGAGACGCCACAGCUAACGCAAAAGACGCAGUUAAAAAUGAAAAUUCAAACAAAACAGAGUUGAAGAAACCCAAGAUAAUCAGAGCAAGAGUGGACAGUUCAAGUUCUUCAUCCAGGGGGAGGAAUUUGGCUCCUAUGACGCCAGUGAUGUCUAAGUCUAAAUCCACAUCUAAAGAGCGAAGUGUAUUUGAUUUUAACACGGCUGUACCGACUCUGGCCUGCACCCCCGUGCACAGGAUCAAACUUCCAGCGUCAGCUCAGAAAGCCACCAAAACAGCGUCAGAGUUCCAGGUUUAUGAAGAAUUGUCCCCUGAGUCAGAGCCAGCCCACCCAGUCCCUGCUGCUCCCAGACGCACAAGGAGACUGAGGUUUAAGGUCGACUUUAGCGAUGAGAGCGACUCAGAGGCCAAUCCUCAAUCGACGAAAAAAGUAGCCCCAAAAACCCGCUCCACCCGAAAAUCUGUCCAGAGCAGCAAAAGUCCAACUACACCUGUUGCGCCUGUCACCCCUGCCCCCGAAAAAACCCCAACCACCAAAAGACCCGGGCGCAAGAAGAGUACCGCCAGUGUCCACAUGAUUUCCUCUGAGGAUGAGGAGCCGGCGCGGAGAGGAAGAUCGAAGAGGGCGACCAGAGGAGCCAAGAUGGAGGGAGAUGGGGUAGAGGAGCCAGACAAAAUGAGAACCAUCGAUGAAGAGACUGUGGAGGUGCUGGACAUGAGCAUCGAAGAACUGAGAGCGUCUGAUACAGAGGCAGAGGAGGGAACAGCCAUGGACACAGAUCUCGAGGUCCUGAGACGAGACAUGGCUUUUGGUUUGGGAAAAGGUGAUCUAUUUGAGCUGAAGAACAGAGGCCAUCCAGCAGAGGGCGCACAAACCCAGCUUCCUCAUGACAACUUCAAACCAGAUGACCUCUCCCUGUGUGAGGUGAAGUCCCUGCUGUCCUCGGCCUGGUUGAUGCUGCAGCAUUGUCCCUCUCCAGACGUUUACUCAUCUGUCUGUGCUCUUCUGGCUCUGGCCACUGGACAAGAGGAUCCUCUGACCACAGCCCUGCUUCACACCGAGGCUCUGGGUAUCUCCAGCCGACACCGCACCAUCAGGCAUCUGGCCAAUUCUCUCAAGAAGCUAAAGAAGAGUUCAAACGAGCUUCAGGACAAGAUGGCCUCCUUGACCUUGGAUGACCCUGGUCCAGACGACCCCAGAGCGUCAGCGGCUCAGAGACUCGCACAGCUCGAAAAUGUUUUUUCUUUCCCAAUUGUAGACGGCUCAGAUUUCCCAAAGACCCACUGUCACCAGUUUAUGCAGCAAACUCGGCGUCUUCCUCCAGGAGUAGUGGUGUGCGUUCUGUCCGCUGUGGGGCUAAGGCCGGGGCAGAUGGGAGAUUCUCUUCUUCUGUCUCGUCUUGAAAAGGACCACGCUCCCGUCACUGUGCACAUCCCCAGCUCCAGACGCAAGAGGGCGUUGAGCUGGAUGGUUCGGGAGAUCGACAGUAUCCAGGUGGAGCAGAAGGCUGUGAGUUCUGUGGCUGAUAAAGCAAAAUGGUGGGAAGGACGGCGAUCUCUGGACACGAGGGUGGAGGAGCUGCUGAGGGAGAUGGAGGAGGUGCUGACCUGUUGGAAGAGCCUUCUGUUACCUUUGACCUCAGAUUUGGAGCUCGAGACACAAGUCCAGCGACUCCACGCAGCCCUGUCUGCCAAAGGAGUCCGCCUCAGUACAGACAUGUUAAAAGCCUUGCUCUCGGCUGCUCCGCUUCUGUCUGAUCACGACCUGAGGACUUUUGCAUUUGGCAUUUGUCCAGACUGGGGCUCAGACUGUGAGCGGCUCCUUCAGAACGCUGUGCGACAAUUGUUAGACCGCGAGGAACCCAGAGGACAUGUGGUUCUCAUUCUAGACAAGUUUUUGCAGAAGUUGCCCUGGGAGUCCAUCUCUGUGCUGAGGUCUCGCUCUGUAAGCCGGAUGCCCUCCCUGCACUCUUUGAUCGGACUGAGCAUUGACAAAGAGAUCAUCCCUCGGUCUGUUUUGAAGCAGGGCGUUGACUCAAACAAAGUGUUUUAUGUCCUGGAUCCAGAUGGAAAUUUGGAAAACUCAAAGGAGAGAUUUAAAGAGUUCUUCAGCAGUCAGUCAAACUGGGAGGGCGUCUGUGGAGAGGCGCCUGAUUCUGCCAAACUUAUGGAGGCUGUUUCAUCCAAGGAUCUGUACAUUUAUGUGGGUCAUGGUGCUGGGGCUCGGUUCUUGGACAGUCAGUCUGUUCUGAAGCAGCAGAUGAGGGCAGCGUCUGCUCCGGCUGCCUCUAGUGCCGCCCUGUCUGUGAGAGGACAACAAGGAGGGACAGGGUUCCUGCUCUAUUACCUCAUUGCUGGAUGCCCCUUUGUUUUGGGAAACCUGUGGGACGUGACCGAUCGGGACAUAGAUCGGUUCACUAAGGCUCUCCUGGAGUCCUGGUUGAGUUCUGAACCUGGGACCCCGAUACUGGACUUUAUGGGUCCGGCUCGACAGGCUACAAUCCUCAGACACCUCAUCGGCGCCGCCCCAGUGGUCUACGGCCUCCCUAUCCACCUGCUCUGAAACCCUUGAACGAGACUGAUACUUAAGACUGCAAUAGGUUGUGUUCAUUCGAUAUCACAACAUCCUGAAAUGGCGCUAGUUUAUCCACAUGAAACAAAAAGUGGCACAAAAUAAUAAGGUCAGAAUAUAUAUCAAUUUCAAUUAUUUUUUUCCACAAAAGUCAACACCACAGAUGUGAUUUUUGUCUGUUAAAAGGACUUCAGG